CUUACUCACCCUCGCAAAAAAGCUCCUCCAUUACCUGUAUUAGAGCCGCUAACUCCGUCGGCUGAGGAAGCUGUUACUAAUAUUCUAUAUAACACUCCCGCUCCUUUUCCAACCCCUCCGAAAAGACAUGUUCUAAAUUGUCUUGUACAGAAUGAACCUGGAGUACUUAGGUUCAACAUUGAUUCAUUAGUUGUGGCUAGGACCGAGGUUUCUGACUUAAGUAGAAUGACUAUCGUGUUACGUGGCCAUGAUGUGGUCAUCGAACAAGCAAGACGACAACUAGAAGACUUGGUUCCUGUAUGGGCAGUGCUCGAUUAUACACAAACAUCAAUCGUCGAACGUGAACUAUUGUUGGUUAAAGUAUCCAUCUUAGGACCGGAGCAUUUACAUGGGCAAUUGAUUGCUAUUAAACAUAAUGAAUAUGACGAUGAAUUUAUGCCUGAGGCAGACUUGGAAUCUGAGUCCCCCGAUGCCACAUCUGUACUACAAGAUGACCCUAUCGAUAAUAAGAUUUCACCACUAACACCAUCAGCGGCGUUACGGCAAAAGCAUGCACAUCUUCGCGCGAUAAUUGAUCUUUGUAACCUUUUUAAAGCUCAUGUAAUUGAUGUCGCAAGUGAUAACGUUGUAGUCGAAUUGACCGCUAAACCUACUAGACUUGACGCAUUUAUAAAAUUGUUAAAACCUUUUGGUAUUUUGGAAUCUGCAAGAAGUGGUAUGAUGGCGCUUCCACGCACUCCGCUUGUGGAUAAAAGAGCUGUUGCUACUGAAGAAGAAGAGGAUGUUGGUGUGGAUGCUACUAUGCUGCCACCUGGUUAA